AUGAAAGGUUUAACGCCGAAAGAAAUCAAAGCCGAGUUGGAUAAUGUUCAUAGCACAUCUGCACCAGCGUUUGCAACUGUAUACAAUUGGGUGAAUGAAUUUAAAUGUGGUCGUACAUCCACAUGUGAUGCACCUCGUUCAGGACGUCCAAUUGAGGCUGCUACGCCAGAAAUCAUCGAUAAAGUCCACGAUAUUGUUUUGACUGAUCAACGAGUGAAAGUGCGCGAGCUUGUUGAGGCCACAGGCAUAUCACAUAACACAGUGAUUUCAAUUUUGCACGAACAGUUGAAUAUGAAAAAGCUAUUGGUAAAAUGGGUGCCGCGUUUGCUCACUGUGGACCAUAAACGCGACCUUCACAUGUGCCCGGCAUUGAUGGCCAAAUUCAACGAAUUCUGCUACGAAUUGCUUCCCCAUCUAGCAUAUUCGCCAAAUUUAGCCCCCUGCGACAAUUUUCUGUUUCCAAACCUGAAGAAAUGGUUCGGAGGAAAGAGAUUCACCAUCAGAGAACAGCUCAUCGCCGAAAGAGGCUUAUUUUGA